AUGAUGGAAAUGUACAAGAAACAACAAUUAAAUGAACAAAGAAAUAAAAAGAUGAUUCAUCGUUCACGUUCUUCAUUCGUUCUAUCUUCAUCUCCUGGUCCAUUUCAACAAUCAGUACGGCAUCUACCGCGUUUAACUGACAAGCCAAUCACGUCAUCGUUGAUUCAAAAUCGAUAUCAGCUGAUCAAUAAUCAAAUGACAAAAACAUGUACUGAUAACACAAUUGUUCUACCAUCAUUAACAGCAUGUAAUCAAACAUCAUCAACACUACGACGACUAUUAGAUGAAAGUAACUCUUUUGAAUUUCAACCACAAAGUCAAACAAAAAAAUCUAGUGUACAUGAACCAACACCACCAAAUCUUAAUUCCAAGGAUAAAACAUUAUCAUCAUUAGCAACGGAUCGUCGAUUUCGUUUUUCUCCACCUCAAUUAAAACAUGCAAUGUCUAAUAAUUUACCAUGUUUUUAUAUUAAUUUUAGUCUUGAUGAUGAUCCAGCCCAAUAA